AUGUUGAACCUGAAGCAAAUUAUUUUUAUCAGUUUCUUCUUGUUUAUUUCUGUUUAUUCUAUUUCUAUUGGAAAUCAGGCUAUUAUACAAAAGUAAUUUUCAUAAGUGCCUAAUCUAUCUAGAGAAUUCAAACUUUUAUAGAUUCAAGAUUUUUUAUCUGAUCCUAAUUAAUAAUAUGCAUCUCAAAAUAAUGAAGGAAGUGAAGAAGAUAAUGAGGAAUUAAUAGGAAAGAACAAUCUCAUAAAAGUAUUUGAUGAGACUAAUAAGCAAAUUCUUUUAAUACUAGAAUAACUACCAGAUUAUAUUCGAGAUGAAAAUGUUAGUAAUGAAAUUAAAAUCUAGAAAAAUCAAGAGAAUGAUAUGGAUUAUUUAGAAAGCAACCCUGAAAAAGAUCUACAAUUUAAUAAUACAAUAUUUGAGAACAUCAAUGAUAAAGUUCUUAAUUCUUCAGCUAUGUUUGAUGAAUAGGAUAGUGUUAUUGGGACUCAUAAUGAUGCAUCAUCUGAUGAAAUUAUUGAACCUAUCUCUGAUUUAAUGGAAGAUGCUUAUUAAGAUAGAGGAAACGAGACUGAUAAAGUAUAGAUUUAUGAAAACAAGACUAUUAGCACGGUGAAUCUAUAAGAAAACUGGUAAGAAUUACAAGAGCUUUUUGAAGAAUUGCACCCAGAGUCUCCCAUUUUGAAUUAAACAGUAAAUCUUCUAAAUAGCAACUCUUCUGCUUCAGAAUAAUUGAAUGCCACGACUAAUAAUAAAUGUAAUAAAACAUUAGAAUGCUCUUAGAAUUAUACUCAGAAGCUGGUAUUGAUGGUUGAGGCUAUAGAAGUGAACUUCUAAGCAGCCAAUAAAUAAGUAGAACAAGCACAAGCAAACCUUGAAUUAUUUUAAAAUCAAGCAAAGUUGAUUGGCCAUGCUUUGGAGGAUAUAAAAUAAUAAUUGAGUUGUAGUCAUCAAGAAUAAAAUUAAUCUAAUAUUGGCUAAGCUGAAGAAAUUUCAAAUCCAUUAAAUGUUUCUACCUCAACUGCAAAUGAUUUAAAGGAAGAUAUGGAAUAAAUAUUAGAAAAAACUGAGGAAAUUCAAUAAUCUUAAGAAAUUUAAACUUAGCAAUAGAUUCCACAACAUCUUGAAGAACAAAAUGAAAAAAUAGAGGAUUUUGAUGAGAAUGGAUAAGAAUCUCUGGAUCAUUCAGUUUCCUAAUCAAAAUAAGAAUCUGAGAAUAAUGAAUACUUGGAAUACUUAUAAAUUCCCAAAGAAUUAUUGGCAUAAACAUAAUUCAUUCAGAAGAGACUCCAAUUGUUAAGUCAAACUUAGCAAUCUACCUUUUGA